AUGUUUGCAUCCUGGCCUUUGCGGCUCAAGGGAUCAGGCUACCAUUGCCUUAUCAAUAUUUCAAGGUCUCCGAGCAGAUCUACUCAGAAAGGCGACGACAUGCGAAGUCUCCUGAUGCUCAUGAUGCGCGCGGUCCUUGUGGGUUCCGGGCGGGGGAGGCAAAAGCCGAACCUUCCACCGCUGCGCCACGCUGUGCCUUCCUGUCGCCAGGCCGACAGCGUUAACAAGUGGUUCGAGCAGCUCCCUGGCGGCUCGGCCCCUACAGCCCGGAACGGCCACAGCGCCGCCUGGAGCGACGCCGCCGAUGGCAUGUACGUCUUUGGCGGCUCCGACAGCAACGGGGGCGGUGGCCUCAGUGCCCUCAACGACAGCCACUUCUACGACCGCCAGGCCAACAGCUGGGUGCUCCUGGUCCCCGGCGGCUCGGCCCCCGCAGCCCGGUACGACCACAGCGCCACCUGGAGCGGCACCGCCGAUGGCAUGUACGUCUUUGGCGGCUACGACAGCAACACCGGUGGCGGUGCCCUCAAUGACCUCCACUUUUACGACCGCCAGGCUCUGCUGGUGAAGAAGUUUCAAGGGGAAGGAAAGACGAAGUUGGGAAGGCCCAAGGAGGUUGUUACAAACGGAGUAGAAUGGAGUAGCUCAACACUCCACGGUGUGAAAUGA